GCGCAAAUGGCGACAACGUCCCUCCGACACGCAGACACGGAUGGCGAGCAGACGUGGGGAAGGGUGCUCAUAUGCGGGGGAACUGACUGGCCGAAACUCGGACGGAAGGACCGCGGUGGGAAGGCAGCAGGAGGAGAAGAUGAGGACGAAGCCCCACCCGACCUCCUCGAACCCCACAUCCUCCGCUCACUGAGCAAUGUCAAAAUUGCCUCCAUCCAUACAUCUUGUGCCUCAUGUCACUGCAUUGCGCUUGACAUUCACGGCACGGCCUACAUGUUCGGCCGCAACGCGCCGCAGACGCCUCUCGGUGUCCCACAAGAAGUCGUCUCUGAGCAAAAACCACGCAAGCUCACGGCGCCGGAGCUGGGAGCAGGAAAGGGCACGCGGUUUGUGCAUGCUGCGUGUGGGAGGUACCAUUCGCUGUUAGUGGAUAGUGAGGGUGAUAUAUGGAGUGCAGGAGCCAACAACGUUGGACAGUGCGGACACGAGACGUGCUCGAACAUCCCAGGGUUCAGAAAGAUUGAGAGUCCAGAGGCCGGCGGUGUCAAACAGCGCGUUAUCAAAGCCGCCGCAGGCAUCACGUUCUCUGUCAUCCUCACUGAGAACGGACGAGUCUUCACCUUUGGGAGUGGCGAGAAGGGCCAGCUCGGCAAUGGCCGGACGGGCGAGCAUAUCGUCACGGGGAACAAGACUGCAUUCGACAUCGAAGUCGACCCAAUCCCUGUCAAAGGCCUGAACGACAAGGUCAUCACCGACAUCGCGUGCGGGCAGCAGCAUGCGGUUGCUAUCGAUGAGAAAAACGUUGUGUACGUGUGGGGGUACAACGGCUAUUGCCGACUCGGCCUUGGAAACCAGCAAGACGUGCUCGUUCCUAAGGCUGUCCCGCAGUUUGCUGGACCAAACGAGAGUGGAACUGGCAAGUAUAUCGCCGCCGGACCGUCGAGUACGAUCGUCGUCGACCAGCUGCAGGCGUUUUGGAUGGCUGGCAAGUGGAAGAAUAGCGGCGAAGGCUCGUCAGGUUCACCGUACUCCUCCUUCCGACCCAUCCAAGAUCUUAUGGGAAUCAAGGUCCUUCAUGCAAGUUCGGGAGGUGUGACCCACUUCGCCCUUGCUACCGAGGAGGAGGGUGUUAUGACGGUUGCAUGGGGACAAGGCGCAAGCAACGGUGAACUCGGUCUUGGCCCCGAAGAGCCCAAGAGCACGUCCAAGCCGACGCGACACAUGCCGCUAAGUGGGAUCGACGUGCUCAGUGUCGCCGCAGGCCAAAAUACGACGUAUAUCCUCGCCCGCCCCAGUGCGUCUUUUUCGGACCUGCCACGUCACCCAUACGAAGUCGAGGCGCCGGAGCUGUGUAUGGUGUGUGAGGUCGACAAGGGGGACGAUGACCCAGCAUUGGAGUGCGACAAGUGCGACCAUCCGUACCACCUCGGAUGCCUCAAUCCGCCGCUGGACGCCGUCCCCGAAGGCGAGUGGUUCUGCCCCGCUUGCGAUGCUCAAGGCGUGCCCGUUGCAGAUACCGACGCGGUAACGAAGGGAGUGUCAAAGAAGCGCAAGGGCGGCGGAGGCACCGAUGAAGGCGCAUCGAAACGCAAGAAGUAAAGCGGCUGUCUACAAGGUCGCCUAGGGCGUCCAAGAAUACGGGUACAGAACGUAAUUGAACUUGAUUGAACGUGACUGAGCAGAACGCAAAGCAUUUAUCGGGAACCAUGUCAGACUUUUUCUUUGUAUACAUUAUGCAUUCUAUCAAUAUUUGAAUACUUUACUGUUGUGUAAAC